AUGAGGGAGUGGCUACGGAUAUGGCUACUUCCGGCGGUCGCACUUGCAAUCUUGCCUAAUAAAUUUCAGCUCAAUGAUGAAAAUUUUGUAAGUUACACGAGUUUUUUAAUUAUCUUGAAUGACUUGAAUCAGAGUUACUUAAGCCAGAUUUUUGAGCUCUUCUUUAGAGAUCUAACGAAAAGCCCUAGUUGUCGCUUAGAAAUCGGUUUUGACCAUUUCUAUAGUGAGCAGCUUUAGAAAUCCUAAAAAAACCAUUCAUCAUCAAGAAGACUGAUAAAAGUCUAAUUUCAGCUAUUUGAUCGAUCAGAACCAGAAUAUGAAACGGUUCUGACGCCGGCUGAUUACGACCUUGGCGCACAAAUGACAGCAGCUCUUCAAUUCGAGAACGGAGAAAUCUGGGACUCCGAUGCCAUGUACAGCAAAGAACGAUUUGAAGGAGACAUCGCCAAUGAAAAACGUCAGAAAAAAAUCAAGAAAAAAAUCAAGAAAAAGAUUAAAUUUUUUUAGUUGAAUUCGAGUACGGUUGAAAUGUUCUUGAAUGGAGGCAAUGACGGUUCUGGCGACGGGAAAUGGUACAAUGCGAUCAAAAAUCGGCAUCAACUUUGGCCAGGAGGCCGGAUUCCAUACACCAUCAGCAGCCAGUACAGCAGUUACAGGUGGGAAAAAAACCUGAAACAGUGAAAUGAUUUUUCUUGCAUUUUUUUUUUUAAUUUGCAUCACACUGCAUCAAUCAAAAAUGCAACUUUUUAAAUACAAGAAGUCAUGAUUAAAAAUAUCGAAAGACCUCGGGGAUUCUAUGAACCUUCAAGAAUUUUUUGGGCUCGUUUAAAGCUUUCAAUAGAUUCAACAGUUGAUAAAACUUUCAUCAUUUUUUCCAAGAAGAUCUAUCCACUGUACAAAAUUUUGAGCUCUUUCAAAAAACUAAGCAAAUGACUCAAAAAAAUGAAAAGGAAAAAAAGCGGCUUAGACGUCUAACAGAAAAACAAACGAACGGACAUUGCACGAGCGGGUCACCGCAUUUCCUUUUUUCAGACCGUUGACUUUUCGCGCAAAUGAUACUCUAUCCUUCACUAUUUGUAAGCUUUUUUGAAAUUGAGUCUGGGAUGAUUCGCUACAAUUAAAAGUGAAAAAGAGUGAAAUUUGAGCCGAUGAGGGGGAAAAUCAAGUCAAAAGAUCAAUUUUGAGAGAGAAGCUUUGAACUUUUUGGAAGGUCGAAGAAGAAAAUGACAUGAGCUCAGUCGAUUUGGAAAAAAAGCAGCGUGAAAAACCUUUCAUAGAACUUCGGGCUUCAAAAAGAUUUUGAUCCUUUGACCUUAAUAAAAAAAAUCUCUUUUGUAACACUCUCUUAGAAAAAUUAUUUUGCAGUCGUUCCUUGAUCGCUUCAUCGAUGGCCGAUUACGCCCAACAAACUUGCGUAAAAUGGGUUCCAAAAGAAGCGAAUGACGUCAACUACGUCUACAUCUACCCCGACAGAGGAUGCUAUUCCAUGGUCGGAAAGAUGGGUGAGAUUUUCAGAGUUUGACAAAAUAUUUCUAACUUCUGCGUGAUAAAAAAACAUUGAAAAAAAUCGAGAAUAAACCUUAAAAUUAUAAAUUAUUUUUUUACCUAAGUUGAAAAAAAUCGCAUCGGAUCAAGUUUCCUCUUUGACCCUUAAUUCAAAUUUUGGACUUGAUGAGCUUUUCAGAGCCAAGACUCAUGAAUUGAAGAAUUUUUUUACUCAAGGUUUUUUUCUGCUGAAUUGUCGGCUUCUUUUUAUUUUGAGAAGAAAUUUACUUGAUCAUUCCAGGCGGCAAGCAAUCGCUCUCCCUGGGCUCGGGUUGUAUCCAAAAAGGAAUUAUCAUCCACGAACUGAUGCACGCCGUCGGAUUCUUCCACGAACAAAGCCGAACUGACCGUGACGACUACAUUACCAUCAUGUGGAACAACAUCCAGCCUGGAAUGCAGGGACAAUUCGAAAAAUACGGCCAAGGAACCAUCCAGUCGCUUGGAACUUCCUACGAUUACGGGUCCAUCAUGCACUACGGCACUAAGGUUCGAGGGAUUCGAAAAGCAGUUUUAUCAGAAAAUUCAGGCGUUCUCACGAAACGGACAGCCAACCAUGGUGCCUAAGCAGAAAGGAGCCACAAUCGGGCAACGAGGAGGUUUUUCGAAGGUCGAUCAGUACAAAAUCAACAAGUUGUAUGGAUGUCCAGUUGGUGAGAUUUUUUUUCGAUAUCAGAAUUAUAACUAAAAAAGGUUAUUUUAUCUAUUGUAAAGAGUGCAAAAAAAACCUAAGAAGAAUUUAGAUUAACGUGUUUUCCCAUACAGCUUCCAAACUGAUAGCAAAUGAAUCUCUCACGCUCAGAAUAAGCACUAACUUCUUUCCCCAUUGUUCGAAUUUGCUAUUUUCAGAAGGAGAAAAGCCAUCCACCGCCGCCCCAGUCACCACGACGACGCAGGCUCCAACGACAACGGCUACAAUUCGCAUCAUUUAUCCGUCACCGCCUACUCUUCCGCCGGCGCCAGUGCCCGGAGAGUGCAAAAAUACUCGUGGAGACUGCGACGACCUUGCUAAACAAGGUUUUGAGAAGAUUUGCGCUUAAAAACCAGGAAAAAACUCCUGAAGAUUGAAGAAAAAUGGAAUGAACUAAGAUUUAAAAAACCACAAGCUGGUGUGGCGUUGUCUCGAAAUCGCUUAGAUUGGGAAUUCACCUCAAAAAAAUCCUGAAUUAACAAAUAUUUUUUUACAGUUGAUAAAAAAAAAAAGCCUGGAUCCGGUGAAUAACCAUCAAAUAACCGAAAUUGCUUUGAAUCUUUUUAAGUCUUUAAACAAUCGGUUUUCGGUUUUUUUCUUCAUAAUGGUCACUUAAAACGUGAACUUAUACUCCUUUUUUCAAACUUCGAAGACUGGAUAUCUUGAAAAAGUAAUCUAACUAUCACUAUGCAUUUUUCAAAUGGAACACUAAAAAAAAUUCGAAAUUUUGGCAGAAAAAAAGAACAAAUUACUUUCAAAAAAAUUUUUCUCAAACUUUUCUUUCAAAAAAAUACACGAUUUUUCUUAAAGGUUGGUGUAUCCGGAACCCCGGCUGGAUGAAGACCCACUGUCCAGUUUCCUGCGGCAUGUGCAUCCCAAGCACCACAGCGGCACCUAUCACUGUUCCGGUAACUACCACGACUCGUAAGUUUUCCAAAUCUCCCUUGAUACCUUUUUCAAUAGUUUUCAAUUCAAACCCUAAGUUUCAGCAGCUCCCACAACCGCACGACCAACGGCGCCUCCGGCUCCAACACUUCCGCCGCCACCUCCAUCUCCUGGUCCGACUUCGGAUUGCGAAGACCUUCGCGUAGAUUGUCUGGUUUUGGUGUCUCAAAGGUCAACUUUUAAAGCAAUAUUUUUCAAAAAUCUUUUUAUUUUGUAGAGAAAGACUUGAGUUAUAAGCGAAAGAUAAUUUAUUAACUACUCAGAACCUCGAGGCUAUCAAAAAAAUUUUUUUCUGUAAAAAGAUAAUCGAAAUAAAAUGUUGGGAUCAGUUGCGCAAAGGAUUUUGGAGUUUUUUUCCGCUUCAAAAACUUUCGCAUAUCAAAAAAAAGUUCAUAACAUUUUUCAUUUUUUUUUUGUUUGGGAUUAUUUAGAAAACAAGUUGAAUUCGUUUGAUUAGAGAAUUUUAAAAGAGAGGUUGAUAACAUUGAUUCAAAAGGCCUUUAUCAGUAAACCGGAAAUUUUUCGUUGAAACAGUGAAACCAGUUAAAAAACUUUUUGCGGGCUUCCUAUAUUUUCAUGAAAAUGAACCAUUUUUCAGAUACUGCAAAACUUCACAAAACUUCAUGAAAUCCUACUGUGCGAAGAGCUGCGGAUUUUGCUACAAGCCGCCGCCCACUGAAAUUCCCGACACUGGCCGACCUCCGAUGCCAACUUUAGUCACACAGCCUCCAAUCGUCACCUUUGCUCCACCAGUGUAAGUUCUUGUUUUCUUUGAGGUCUCCUGAAACAGUAAAAUUGCAAACUGGUUCGAUAGAAAUCAGACUUUUUUCCAAUUUUAAGGAGAAAAUGGAGUUGGAGACCUCCCGUGUCUUGAGAUACAAAUCUGCCAAAAAAAAGUGUUUUCGGAGGUCUCGUGCAAACAUUUUCUUUUUUCUCACCGGGAAAAAAGCAGUUUGCAAAUAAUGGGAAGGAGUGGCUGACCAGAAAAGAGAAAUUUUUCAGGAACCAGAAAUCGAUUUUCGGUUCAGUAAAUUUAGAUGGGCGUGGAAAUUUUGAGAAAGCAAACUUUUCAGAAGAAGAUGAUCAUUUUCUGUUUUAUGUUCAUUAUUUGAGAAGAAAAACGUCAAGAAAAACCUGAAGUAAUGAAAUUUGCGUUUUUUUCAAGAUUAAGAGAAGUUGAAGAUGAAGUCACUUUUUUUUUCUUUGCCGGGGAAUUUUCAGAAAGUUCUCAUGAGUCAAAAGACCAACAAAAAAAAAGGUUUUUUGCUUUGAUGUUUCUCAGAACUUCAUUUUAAAAGCUCGAAGAAAAUUCGACUAGAACUGAGCAAGUUUUCUCGACAAAAAUGAAUUAAAUUCCAGAACCAGAGGACGACCAGCACCUCCUCCAGUACCGACACUACCUCCAGCUCCGCCGGCGCCGCCAGUUCCAACGCUUCCACCAUCAACAGAAGCUCCUGGCUGCACCGACAAGAAACAUUUCUGCACGCACUGGAAGAACGCCGGCUUCUGCGAGGGCAUCUUCAUGAACUACAUGAAAAAGAACUGCCCGGCCGCCUGCGGAAUGUGCUAG